AUGGGUUCACUUCCUUCACAAGUGGACUACACACCAAUGUCCCACCACAUGAGUAUUCUUCAAGAGGUCACUGGAGAAAGUUUGAUCGGAAGUCGUUUGGUGAGAAGUUACAAGAGGAGUUUCAACGGUUUCGCGGCCCGACUCACCGAGUCAGAACGAGAACGAGUAGCCGAAAUGGAAGGAGUUGUGUCUGUGUUCCCGAACAAGAAACUAAAACUCCAAACGACGGCGUCUUGGGAUUUCAUGGGGCUAAAGGAAGGAAAAAGAACGAAGCGGAAUCUGCCUAUGGAGAGUGAUACAAUUAUUGGAGUAUUAGACGGUGGAAUUUGGCCGGAAUCCGAAAGCUUUUCCGACAAAGGCUUUGGUCCUCCUCCAAAGAAAUGGAAGGGCAUUUGUGCCGGCGGUCAAAACUUCACAUGUAACAACAAACUGAUUGGAGCAAGACACUACACACCCGGAGAUGCUAGGGACUCUAGUGGCCACGGUACACACACGGCGUCUAUUGCGGCUGGGAACGCAGUCGCGAACACCAGCUUCUUUGGGAUCGCCAAAGGAACGGUGAGAGGUGCGGUUCCAGCAGCUAGAAUCGCGGCUUACAGAGUCUGCGCCGGAGAAUGUAGAGAUGACAAAAUACUGGCUGCGUUUGAUGACGCCAUUGCCGACGGUGUUGACAUCAUAACCAUCUCUAUAGGUGAUAUUAAUGUGUAUCCGUUCGGGAAAGACCCGAUCGCAAUUGGAGCUUUUCACGCUAUGUCCAAAGGGAUCCUCACUGUGAACGCGGCUGGUAACACUGGUCCGAAUAUUGCCUCGACCACGAGCUUAGCACCGUGGAUGCUAGCUGUUGCAGCCAGCACCACGAACCGUGUAUUUGUCACCAAAGUGGUUCUUGGCGACGGCAAAACACUUGUCGGAAGAUCAGUGAAUGGUUUCGAUAUGCAAGGAAAAAAAUUCCCACUGGUGUAUGGAAAGUCUGCUGCUUUGUCGGCCUCCCAAGCGAAAUGCGCAGAGGAUUGCAAUCCAGAUUGUCUCAACGCAUCUCUGGUGAAGGGAAAGAUCUUGGUGUGCAAUACAUCUUUUCCAUAUGUAGCCUAUACUAAGGGAGCUGUUGCAGCUAUUUUUGAAGAUGGUUCAGACUGGUCCCAAAACGAGGGUUUACCUGUAUCUGGCUUACAAGAAGAUGACUUUGAAUCUCUCGUCUCUUACACUAAGUCCGCAAAUUCCCCUAAAGCGGCUGUUCUAAAAUCUGAGGCAAUCUUUAAUCAGAUCGCUCCUAAUGUUCUUUCCUUCUCUUCUCGCGGACCAAACAUCAUCGUUGCUGAUAUUCUCAAGCCGGAUAUAACAGCACCAGGACUGGAGAUUUUGGCUGCAAAUUCACUUAAGGCAUCGCCGUUUUAUGACAACACAUAUGUGAAAUACUCUGUUGAAUCCGGAACUUCAAUGUCUUGUCCACACGUUGCAGGCGUAGCCGCCUAUGUGAAGACGUUUCAUCCUAAAUGGUCGCCUUCGAUGAUAAAAUCUGCGAUUAUGACUACAGCUUGGUCGACGAAUGCUUCUGAAACUGGCUAUGCAUCAACAGAGUUUGCUUAUGGAGCUGGUCAUGUAGACCCAAUAGCUGCUACUAAUCCUGGACUAGUCUAUGAUAUAACCAAAGCAGACUACAUUGCCUUUCUCUGUGGCAUGAACUACAAUGUGACUACGGUGAAACUCAUCUCCGGUGAAGCUGUCACUUGCACUGAAAAAUUCUUACCGAGAAACCUCAACUAUCCAUCAAUGUCGGCUAAAUUGUCGAGACCUAAUAGCUCUUUCACCGUCACUUUCAACAGGACCGUCACCAACGUUGGUACACCAAACUCUACAUACAAAGCAAAAGUUGUCUUAAAUCACGGAUCUAAGCUCAACGUCAAGGUCUCGCCGAAUGUUCUAACUAUGAAGUUGUUGAACGAGAAGCAGUCUUUCACUGUGACUGUUACAGGCAGCGGUCUCGACCCAAAGCUGCCUUCGUCUGCAAGUCUAAUCUGGUCUGAUGGGACUCAUAAUGUGAGAAGCCCCAUUGUUGUUUAUACUUUUGACUUUGCUUCACCACCACCAUAG